CUGCUGAAUCAGUCGUCUGCUGACAUCCUUACGUCAGUUAGUGUCUGUCAGCUGCAGACAGGAUGGCACAGUUUGAUAAAGUUAGGUAAUGUUAUGAAUGGUCAGUUCCCUGUUGUAAUCUCACACAGUAUAAUGAAUAGUAAUAUUCUUAUUUAUUAAGACACGAAAUAAGUAACUUUUGAUUCAUUGAGGUCUUCUAACACGAACAGACGUAUGUAUAAUUGUAGUACCUAGGCCUGCUUACUUCGUUACUUUCUAAUCUGUUCAAUAUUUUACUGCUGUGAUAUAACGUCCCCAAUUAAUUUUGCAUAUUUAAUUUUUAGCAUUCUGUUUAUAAGUAUUUAGUAAUUAAUUUUAUUUUGAAUAGCGUGAAUGAAGUAGGAUUAUAAUGUUACAAUAGUAGAAGGUUGAUAAAUUACUAAGUGCAUUGAAAAAUAGGCCUGUCUUUUCAAUAUACCCCCUCAACACUAAACAAUGGCUCAGUUCUCAAAAUUUGCUCAGUUUUUUUCAUUGAAACAUCCCCUGUCAAGAGGAAUGAUAUCAUAUGCACUCAUCUGGCCUGCUGGUAGUUUAAUACAACAAACUAUUGCUGGAGAAGAAAAAUACGAUUUUAUUAAAGCUGCAAGAUAUUCCUUGUGGGGUUCCUGUUAUGUUGCACCUGCACUUCACACCUGGUACACAAUAGCAAACAGAAUUUGGCCUCACAUCAAUUUGAAAUCAGUAUUGGCUAAGGUGGUUGCAGAACAAUUAACGUUUUCACCUUUUGCAAUGAGUUGUUUCUUAAUUGGAAUGACGCUGCUAGAAGGAAAAGCUAUUCAAGAUGCCAAAAAUGAGUUAGAGGCAAAAUUUAUAUCCACAUACAAGACUGGUGUAUGCGUCUGGCCAGCCAUUCAGACAUUCAAUUACAUGGUAAUAAAGGAGAAGAAUAGAGUGGUAUUCAUGAGCUUCUGCAGCCUCUUGUGGACGGUCUUCCUUGCUUACGUGAAACAGCAAGAAUUGCAGUCAACGACUGUAGCUGACCCAGUAUCGAGUCCUCAAUCGAUCACCAAAGAUCCUCUUCUCAAAGAGAUCAACGCUGCUGGGAGAUAACCUCAACGUUAGUUCUCUUGUAUCCAAGGAUUAUUGUAUCACAGGCAUUAUUGCAUCACAGCAGUACAAAGUCCUUUGAUACUAUUCUCUCAUCCGUUAAUGCUAAGAAAGAAAAGAAAUUAGGUAUAUUUUCUCAUUUUUUUAGUUAAUGACUAGAAAUAAAUACAAAAAUUGUUACAGUAAUGAUUAUUAGUACAGUCAGUUUAUGACACAUCAGAUAAUUAAUUCAGAUACUUUUGUUAUUAAAAGGUAUUCAGUUUUACUUUGUAAAAAUUGAAAGUAGUCAAUCAUUCUGCAUUGAGUUCAAGGAAUUAUUAAAAAUAGAUAUGUUUUGUUAAACAUAAGAAAUCUAAAUAAGUAAUAAUUCCUACAAAAUAGGCUAAUUCCUGAAACAAAUCACUUCCAUUGUAUUAGUAAAUACAAAUAUAGCAACUUUUAUGUUUUGAAAUUCUUAACACUGUAUUUAAAAUAAGUAGUGAUGCAACGUUACAUGGGUUUCAUAGUAUUGUAACCCUUAGUGCUCCUAUUGAGCUAAUUUGUCAUUGUAACUGCGCCAGGACACCAGCCUAUAUGGCGCCCCCUCCCCCUGUUUUCAUGACAUGCUCGGCAACUAGCAGAUCACGUUUCUGCUAACGGUCAGAAUAAAUCAACAUUGAGUUGGUUUUUACUUAAAAAACAAUUCCUACCUACGUUUUAAACUUUGAAACAAAUCGAUCACUCUCUAACUUUCCCUGAUUAUUUUUGAAGAUAAAUAUGUUUUUAGGUCAUACUUAGGUAUAAAUCGUAUUUUGUUAAUUAAUUGACAUAAAAGGACACUAUGUUUGGGAAUCAGGACCAACCUCUCAGAACUGUAACGCUGUAGAUGCUGGAGAGAUGUAACAAAAUAUUUCUGAAUUGGUUCAUAAUGUUCCUGAUAGGUACCAGCAUUGAACAGGUGACAAGGUUAAACCAUGAAUUUUUUUUAAUAAGUAAAAUUAUUAUGCAGUAGGUCAAAUCUGAGCCCUUUUGAGCUGCAGUGGUAAGACUGCUGUGGUCCGGCGUUUAGAAAGCUGUAGGGAAAGGGCAGAUGUCAGCAUCACGAAUUUGACGCUGCAUAUUACAGCAGCCCAUAUGUACAGUACAUCCAAGCUGCGAGAUCCAAUAGUCUAUAGUUAAUCACGCAAAGGGUUUAAAAUUACUUUACUCUGUACAUUACAGUAAUCAAACGGUGAAACCAAGUCUAUUUUAUGUCGUAGUAUUAGGAUUUAAACAAUCACAAAAUAUUUCAAUAAACAAAGAGUGUAGAUUUUUUAUUCUAUUUUGAAACUACUUUGACUAGACUAGUUGUUUUUAUGUAUUUACACACAUUUUUAUGUCAAUCGAUAUGGUUGUAAUUUUACUUUAUUGAAGAAAGAGAUAUCGAACUUUAAGCAUUUACAUUGUGUAGGCUAUCAAUAAUAAUGUAUGUGUUCAGAAUUCAUUCAUAACAAUUUUAAAAAUUGUAGUGAAUGUAAGAUUAACAUUUGAAUAUCAUUUUAAAUUAGUUUUAAUGUAUUAAUUGGCAGAGCUUUAACAAAGGCUUUUUUGCAUGAAGCUUCAUUUAUAUGUGAGGAAUACUUGAGUUUGAUUUUACUAGUUGUGUUUAAAAAAGAAUUAACUUUAACAGGCCAUGUUCUCUGUCGCCCCACCUGCUCUCUGCCUAUUGUAGCGUUUCUAUUUAGCUUACUCCAAUAUACCAUAUAGGAAGCUGUAAUACAUCAUUUCGGUUUAACAGGUCAAACUAUCAUUUGACCUGGCACCUGGCUUUAAGGUCAGUUGGAUUUCUAUUUAAUAUUCAUCUCAAAAAACACCAGAUUACAUUUAUACACAUAUCUGAAAAAUAAGAGAUUAUUAAAUCAACUAUUAUUAAAUUAAAAUUUACUUUUAGUACUUUUAAACAUUCCAAACUUCAAGUCAUUACUACAUCCUCUUAGAAUAUACUUGUUGGACUGUACUAAAUGUCGGACAGCAUAGUAGGAAUGUCAUAGAAACUGCUUUUCCAACAUUCCCAAGUCAAUUGGUUAUCAUUGGAAGAUACCUGCUUCUCUGUAACCGAUUCCAUCAUUCAAUGUCUAAAAAUUAGUGUCUGGUGCCAAAUUAAGAUUGAUUCGCAUGCUGGUUUCCUCAACGUACGACCUCGGAAAAAAUGACUGCUUGUUAAAUUCCAUUCCAAUUCUGCCUGUGUGCCCAUUUGCUUGCAAAACCUGGCUCGUUACAAUCAUAUUCCUUGCCGUGAAAAUUGGUAUAGCGUGAUUUGAAUGCUUUGCCUACAUCAGUAUGAAUGUAAAAUUCCACGGUUUUCCAAUCAGUAAAUCCUGACAUUUAAAUACUUUUGAGUGUUGAAAACCAGUGUGUUGGUAGGUAUCUAAGAUGGAAAACAAAACCAUUUUUUAAUCAGCAUCUAAGAGAUAGUAUGAAUAUACGUGCAAUACAGAAUGGCAUUUAAUUCAGUACUUCCAAAAAAAUUCCUAUUAGUGAGAAUUAGUUCCAGUUUUUUGCAGAUUUAACAAAGUUAAAAUGUGAACAUUUUUAAACUAAUUAUGGGAGCGUUACCAAAAUUAUAAUAAAUUUCAAGUCUUAGCUUUACUUAGAUGUUUUGUGGUUAAAAAGGUUUUUGGAUAUCCAUGGUUGAAUAUAAAAUUUUAAAAAAUUGUUUCUAGUGACUUGAUGCAAAUAUGCAUACAAAAUUGUGUCUUAAUUUUAUUUUAAUAGGGUUUAUUUUUAAUUUAAAUCAAUUGAUUGAUUCUAUAGAUCUUGUGAUUUAUAUGAAUGAGUUAUAUUUGAAUUUUAUAGCUAUGUAUUUUUAAGCAUAAACUAAACUUGCCAUUAGUCUAUAUGCAUUUAUUUUAAUAUGUAUAGUAAAUACUAUACCAGGUAUCUAACUUAUCUAAAUACUUUAGAGUGUAAUAUUAUAUUUGGGGGUAAUUUUUCACCAUACCCACUUUUUACUCAAUUAAAUUUUAUUUGUUGAUAUAUAUUGUUUGAAAAGUUGUCAUGUAUUUAUAAAUUUUAAUUAUUAAUUAAACCCUAAGUGCCUAAAUCUUGCAUGUGUUCAAUGUUACUAGUUAACCUAGUUAACCACGUUUUUAGUUUUAAAAUUUUCAAUUAUUUCAAAGGUUUAUGUUAAUUUUUCUCUCCAUAGUUCAUCUACUCCACUUUGAUAGGGCUAUAUGUGUUCUUAGUAUUAACUUGCAGACAUAAGUCAGAAUGUUGUUACACUAGGAUGUAGUGUAGGGAUAAUGUAGUUUUUUGGGUUAGUAUAGAUUUAGAAAAUUGUUACCAUUCCAACAGUGUUGGAUGACUUGUUAGUUUAUAUGUAUAAGAUUAUUCAUAUUGUCUCUAUAGAUUUUUAUAUUCCAUGGAUUGACUAUAGAUGGCAGAAAAGUCUAUAAGUUAAUUGUCAUGAGCAGUUAAAGCACUAUGGUCAGAGCAAUAAAGAUAGGUUCGGAGCUACAAAGGUAGGGUCGGAAUACAAGAGUGAGGGUCGGUAUACAAGAGUGAGGAUCGGAAUCAAGAGUGAGGGUCGGAAUACAAGAGUGAGGGUCAGAGUCAUAUACAGACUUAUUCUGAGGAACAAGAGGACCUGUAGAGCUUCAUUAAUUUUUAAAUCAUUGGAUAAUUAAUGUUAAAAGGCAGUGUGUUUGGGGUAGGUAGCUUGAAUUUCUAUGGAAAAUUCUGCUACAUUUGGUCGAAUAGCUUGAUUUCAUUAGUUGAAAUUGAUUAAUUAUUUGAACUAUUUGAUUAUUGGAAUUGGCCAUUGGAGAGGUUUAUAGUCUUUUUUUGUUCACUUAGGACAAGAAGCUGAGGAAAUUCCUCAUUGUAAUUAGUCCUAAAAUGACCUUUGUACUUGCUUCCGGAAUGAUAGGAUUUUCAGAGAUGGUAAAGUUGGUAGUAGAGGCCACCUCCUGUCAAAAUUCAAUGAGGAGGGAUAGCAAGCUGUUUAUCCCAGUUAUGGCACGUUUUAUGGAAGAUGGAGAGGCUAGAUCUGUUCCAACAUCCCCAGUCAAAGCUGGUAGGGGAUAGUAAUCCUUCUAUGUUUAGGGUAGCAACAGCCUUUAAUACUAAAGGAGUCCACCCACUUUGAUAGUCAUUCUCCACAGUAGACUAGACUUAUUGAUCCACCCUUUAUAUUCUAAUAUCUUGACACUUGCAGUCAGUGGUUUGCCGAUAUGUAAGUAACACAUUGGUUUUGCUGUACCCAGUGUAAGUUCAAUAGGAUGGUUCAAGCCAGUCAGAAGUGAACCCUCUUGGUGCGUUCAUAACUAUAGUUAUAACGCCCAUGACAUAAUAUAACUAAACCCUUCGAUUUUUAAACAUAAUUUGGUAUAUAUUUACCGUAAAUAAUGUUUACGUUGUAACACUUUUACUCAGUUGUACAUAGUAGUUUUUGCGUUAUAACACCACAAACAUCCUAACAUUGAUGAAUUAACUUGUUUAUUGCCAUUUUGGAAUAUAUUAUAAUCGGUGAAUGAUUGUAUUUUUAAAAAUUAAAAUUUUGAACACACAGCGAUGUAAUUCCUAAGCCACCCUUACACUGUGAAGGUACGAUAAUUAUUUGUUUGAAUGCAUCCACUGCCCUCUAGACACAGCAUGACGAGCAAUUUACUAGUACUGGUAAAGUACUCUGGUACAAGUAAGACUUACUUUACCAGAGCAGUAGAUGGUUUUGCACUAUGUUGGCGAUAAAAACGAUAAGUGUUAGUAAUAUUUUAAGAUGAUUUCUAAUCUGUUAAUGGCACCUCCAUAAUAUUCUGAUAACUAACUUAUGGGCUCUUCUGUAUGAAAUAGAUGUCUAGGAAAGUAUUAGAAGUUUAGUAAUUUAUUUACGGAAACAGAUUUAUUGCUAGAGAUAGUCGAGUGAUAACGAGAUUAUUAUUCCUGAAUGGGUUAUCAGUUGAGUUACCAUUGAUGUGAUAUGUGUAACAAAUGUUUGUUGUCAUUAAUAUUAGAAUUUUACUGAUGAAUUUGUUGUACGACGUGCUCUAGCUGUAUUAUACCAAGAUUGUAUUUAUUGUUUGACAUUUUAAUUAUACAAAUAAAGUGUAAGCUACAUCUGAUCAGUCUCUGUUAUAAUAGUUAUGUAUAGGUAGUACAAAGUUGGAAAAUAAUAAAUAUAUUUGAAAUGUUAUUGUAGUAAACAAUAUUUGUGAUAGAAUCUUGUUGACUAAUUAUAUUUUUAAAAUCUAUAAUUUUGAUUCAAAUAUAAUAUAUUGACAUGUUUGA